GAUCACAACUGACAGAAAAAUGUCAACAUCGUGAUUUUUUUUCCACAUUUUCUCUUUCACUGACGUUUCACUACAAAUAACAACCAUGGAUCUUAAUGUGAUGGAUCCAGCGAUAGCAGGAUCGAACCGUGUGGUUCGAGUAAACAUGAUGGAAGGCGUAGGGGCGAGGGUAAUUCGAGGGACUGACUGGAAAUGGGGAAAACAGGAUGGAGGGGAGGGGCACAUUGGCACCGUUAGAAAUUUUGAGAGCCCUGAAGAAGUUGUCGUUGUGUGGGACAAUGGAACGGCAGCUAACUAUAGGUGUGCUGGAGCGUAUGAUCUGAGAAUAUUGGACAGUGCCGCAACAGGUAUCAAACAUGAUGGCACCAUGUGUGACACAUGCCGACAGCAGCCCAUAUUUGGCAUCCGCUGGAAGUGUGCUGAGUGUACAAACUAUGAUCUGUGUUCUGUUUGUUACCACGCUGACAAGCACAACCUGCGACACAGGUUCUACAGAAUCACAACACCCGGAAGUGAACGGGUGUGUAUGGAGACUCGACGUAAGAGUAAAAAGAUCACAACGCGGGGGAUAUUCCCGGGGGCACGGGUGAUCCGGGGGGUCGACUGGCAGUGGGAAGAUCAAGACGGGGGCAAUGGGCGGCGGGGCAAGGUCACCGAAAUACAGGAUUGGAGUGCAGCCAGUCCGCGUAGUGCUGCUUAUGUGCUGUGGGACAAUGUAGCCAAGAAUCUCUACAGGGUCGGAUUUGAGGGAAUGUCGGACCUGAAGGUUGUCACAGAUGCCAAAGGGGGCACCAUCUACAGAGACCACUUACCCUGUCUCGGAGAGCAAGGUCCAGGGUCAAGAUCAGGCCCUGGGGGUCUGGCCAUCGGGGACCAGGUGAACGUUGAUCUGGACUUUGAAAUUGUGCAAUCUCUACAACACGGCCAUGGGGGUUGGGCGGAUGGAAUGUUUGAGUGUCUUGGGCAAACAGGGACAGUUGUAGGCAUUGAUGAGGACCAUGAUAUUGUCGUCUCCUACGCCAGUGGAAACAGGUGGACUUUCAACCCGGCCGUAUUAACAAAAGUGAGCACCCCCAGCAGUACAAACUCUGCGGGUAGCGAGUCUUCAACCAACCUGGCUGGAACGAGUAAUGGGGCCACGAGCACACCACAGUUUGCUGUUGGUGAUCUUGUGCAGAUAUGUAGCGACAUGGAGAGAAUAAAGGUUCUACAGCGAGGUCACGGGGAGUGGGCUGAAGCCAUGGUGCCGACUCUGGGUAAGAUAGGUCGGGUACAGCAGGUGUACCAUGAUAACGACCUGAAGGUGGAAGUGUGUGGUACAUCCUGGACCUACAACCCCUCUGCCGUCACCAAAGUGGCAUCUUCCGAUGGAGCAGCUAUUGGCAACUCCUCUGGAGAGCGGCUGAGUGCCCUGCUUAAGAAGUUGUUCGAGACCCAUGUAUCCGGUGAUGUGAAUGAAGAGCUUGUGAAAGCUGCGGCCAAUGGUGAUGCUGCCAAGGUUGAUGAAAUCCUGCAGAGGGCUGACACAACUGUCAAUGUAAAUGGAGUGUUUGCAGGCCACACGGCCUUGCAGGCGGCCUCCCAGAAUGGACAUGUGGAUGUGAUCAAGGUCCUCAUGAAGUAUGACCUUGACAUGGAAAUAGAGGACAAGGAUGGUGAUAGAGCAGUGCACCAUGCGGCAUUUGGAGACGAGCCAGGUGUGAUAGAUAUGCUUCACCGAGGAGGGGCAGACCUCAACGCCCGCAACAAGCGUCGCCAGACACCGCUACACAUAGGGGUCAACAAGGGGCACAUAGGGGUUGUGAAGGCUCUUCUGGAGAUUGGCUGUCACCCAAGUCUGCAGGACUCUGAAGGAGACACCCCACUCCACGACGCGAUCAGCAAGAAACGUGACGACAUGAUCACAUUACUGCUUGAGUUCCAUGCGGAUCUGACCAUCACCAACAACAACGGCUUCAAUGCCCUACACCACGCUGCGCUUCGGGGAAAUCCCAGUGCGAUGCGCAUCCUGCUGUCAAAGGUUCCUCGCCAGUGGGUGAUUGACGAGAAGAAGGAUGAUGGCUACACAGCCCUCCACCUAGCAGCACUCAACAAUCAUGUGGAAGUUGCAGAACUCCUUGUUCAUGGCUCUGGGUCUGAUAGAAAGGCAAACUUGGACAUCCAGAAUGUGAACCUCCAGACAGCGCUGCAUCUUGCCGUGGAGCGACAACACACACAGAUUGUCAGGCUGUUGGUUCGAGAGGGGUGUAACCUGAACAUCCCGGACAAGGAUGGUGACACACCGCUCCAUGAGGCCCUCAGACAUCACACAUUGUCUCAACUCCGCCAGUUACAGGACAUGCAGGAUGUUGGCAAGUUGCUGAUGGGACUGGGCACACCCGGAGCUGACAAGAAGUCAAGCGCGUCAAUCGCAUGUUUCCUGGCAGCAAACGGGGCUGACCUGAACAUCAAGAACAAGAAGGGUCAGACCCCUCUGGACCUCUGUCCCGACCCCAACUUGUGUAAGGCCCUAGCCAAGUGCCAUAAGGAGAGACUCAGCCCCGGAGGUGCGUCCAAUGUUGCAAUUAUCCGUAAUGACCAGGAGGCCCUGGAAGAAUGCAUGGUAUGUUCCGACCUGAAGCGGGACACACUGUUCGGCCCAUGUGGGCACAUCGCGACAUGUUCCCUGUGCUCCCCGCGCGUCAAGAAAUGUCUACUCUGUAAGGACCAGGUGCAAUCAAGGACUAAGAUUGAGGAAUGUGUUGUGUGCUCAGACAAGAAGGCGACUGUUCUCUUUAAGCCCUGCUCACACAUGUGUGCUUGUGAUGGUUGUGCAAGCUUGAUGAAAAAAUGUGUCCAGUGUCGGGCCUCUAUUGAUAAACUGGUGCCAUUUAUUGUCUGCUGUGGUGGAAAUCCUCCGCCUACUCCCCAACCAGCAGGGAUCAUGAACAACGGGGCCAAGGAUGUUACCAAGGACAUCCAGAAGCUUCAGCAACAGCUGCAGGAUAUUAAAGAUCAGACAUGUUGCCCAGUGUGUAUGGACCGGCUGAAGAAUAUGAUUUUCCUGUGUGGCCAUGGUACGUGUCAGAUGUGUGGGGACCGUAUGGCCGAGUGCCCCAUCUGCCGGAAACCAGUCGAGAAGAGAAUACUCCUGUACUGAUUUUAGCAAUAAAUGUGAGAAACCAGUCCAGAAAAGAAUUCUCCUGUACUGACCAUGGGCCAAAGGACAUAGAUGGAAAACCAGUCUAUUGCAAAUUUUGGGAUCCAUUUUAACAACAUGUUAUGAUUGUGCUAAAAAGUGUUUCCCUAUGUUUUUUUCAAUCUAUUUGAGAUGUUUGACCCAUUUGUAAAACUAUUUAUAUGUAUGACUUUUAAGAACUACAAAACAGUUUGGCAUGAUCAGCAUGUAUAGACUACAAUCAUGAGUUAAGAGGUUCUUAGAUGAAAAAUUGAACAACAUGUUUGCCUCGGCUGUUUUUUAAUUUAGAAAAACUCAUUGAAAAGAAGUAGGUUCCGGUCAAGGUGAAUGGUAGCUUCGAAUACAUGUAUUAUAUUCAACACGUAAAUGUUAACUAAAAUACAUCGAUUGAUGUUGCUUUCUCUUGAUAAGGAGGUUGAUUGAUUUGAUAAACAUGUAAAAGAGGUGUAUAAAAUCCACAUUAAGAGAUCAAAUUGCGCUAGCUUUUUGCAACAUUUCCUUCUCUUAAAACGACAUGAAUACAGGAAUGUCUGUUUCUUGUGAUCAAGUGCUGUUUUGUGUUAUUAGUUGCAUUAAAAAAAUCUAUUAUUUGUGGUUAUGUUUUAAGUAUAGUUUAUUUUGCUAAAAUAUUUGUGCUUUUUUAAAUGUCAUAUGAACAAUUGUGUAGAUUGCUAAUCACUCCCUUCAAUAUGAUGUAUUUUACAAACUUAUUUGUUAACAAAUAUCCAUGUUCAAUUGUUUUUACCCCCAAAUCUAAAUAAGCAGUAAUAUCUGAACUAUCGAUCAAGGUUUUGUAAGUUUUCGUGUUAAAUUUGAUAAGGAUAUUCCCAUUACUUACCUGUAUUAUAUUAUAUAUUAUCCACUGCACCCAUGCCAGAAAUGUUCAGAACAUAGGUGGCAGUAUCAGCCAGAUUAAGAGAAUAAUAAUUUGUAUCAGUGUAAGAUCGUAAUAUUUUUCACUGAGUGAGCACUAAAAGCUAUAUUUACUUUUUGUGUACAUGAAGUGAAAUAUAAUGUGAUCUUAAACUAAAAUGAACAAUUUUUAUUUUUAUUAUAUGCCUAAAAAGGAUAUCAAUUGGGAGUGAAUUGUUGUUUUUAAGAAAAGCAUGCCAUAUUGUACAUGUGAAUGUAACGUUAUUUUGGAAAUGACAAUGUAGAUUAAUUGUCUCAGCCAUUUGCGCAUUGACGUUUGAUUUGAAAUUGAGAGCAGGUUAAAAUUUCAAGAGUUAAAAUUAUCAAAAUGUUAUUUCAGUUUUUAAUAAUGAAAUGUCAUUUUUUAUUUCACCGAUUUAUUCCUUUAACCCACUGGAAAGCAUAAUUUUAAAUAAAAGCUUAUGCACGUUUGUGCCCAUUCACUUUGUUUUAUAAUUUAAAAAGAAGCUUGUAAAUCCUCUCAUCAGUCAUAGCUGUUUUUGUAUAAUAAUAUUUAGAAUUAAAAGGUUUACACCAUCUACAACCGAUACUGCCACAUGUGGUUUAAUAAAGAAUUUACAAUAAAAAGUAUUGAUGCAUGGAACUAGAAAAAAAGCUUGAAUAACAGCAUAAAAAUCUACACAUACUGUCUGAGUAUGAUUAUAUAUAGAAUACCUGGAAUUACAGCAUUUAAAUUCAUGUUUUCUUCAUGUUUCCAUGAAAGUGUCCUGUAAGAAUUCAUUGCAAUCAUUUCCAUAACUUUUCCUAGAAUUGUUCGUAUACGGUUUCUUGUCUUUGAUGGUAUUUUCAGAUACAUGCGUUGCUUUAGAGCUGCACUCUCACAGAUUGAUUGUUUUGACAUCAUUUUUAUUUCUUGUUUUUGAAUGACCAAAUUGUUGUGUAAAUGUCAGGAAGACAGUGAAAUAAGACUGCUGACAAAAUAUUAGAUCACAGUUCAUUUUCUGUACAUUUAAAAAUUGAUGUUUUAUUGCUUAAAGCAUUACUAACAUUCUAAGAAAAAUGGAAAAAAAAAUCAGCACUUUACCAAACAAUUGAGUUCUUUUCUUCAGUGAAUAAUCUAAUAUGACAGAAUUAAAGGCAUUGAUGCCAGAAUCAGCUGAUUCUGAGACAUUUGUCUUAUAAAAGUGUCAAAACUGACAAUCUGUGAGAGUGCAGCAUUAAGGCUGUUGUCAAUGAAGAAGUUGAGAUGUUGGUGGUAUAGAUGAACUGUUGUGAAUAUUUCGUUUUUGUAGACUUAAUUUAUUUUAUUAUUUCAUUGCAUGUAUUAUCUUUAUAUGCUUCAUUGCUAUUUUCAAUUGCGGAGGAUAGAAUUUGAUUAGGAAAAUCUCUAUUGUUAAGUAUAGUCUUGAUAUUUUAGGUAGCUAUAUUUUUGUCAUAGGUUCUGAAGUCAUUCAUUGGUAACAAAGAUAUUACUGGCCCCAAUAUCACGAAAAUCCUUAUGGUGAUUUCUAAAUCUCAAUAUUUACACAUGAAAACUCAUUCAAAAUCUAGGUUUUUGCCCUUCGAAAGCACAAGAUCUUGUGAAGAAUGUGUGAAUAAAAAAUAUGUGCUUUUAAAGAGUAAAAACAGAAGAUUUUGAAUCCUAUUUUGCUGUUAUGUUUUGUGAAGGAGUUUAAGAUUGACGUCAGUGUUAUCAUUAAGUAUUUUUAUGAUAUUAAGGCUUGGCCCCAGCUUCUUAAGUUUCUUAUAACAGGAUUAAGCUAAGCUCAGCACUUAUGUUUUUCAAUAAUUUGCAUAAUAUUUAAUUCUUUAAGAGAUAUUAUACUUAAGGUAGGAAUUAUCUUUAUGAUUAUCAAAAAUAACCGUUUUUUUGUUUAUCAAAAUUCAAUUUCAGUAUGUAUUUUGACUAAUUAAAAAAAGCUACUUAAGCUUGUUAAGCUUAAGAGGUUUCAAGAUAUUGGGGCCAGAUGAUUUGAAUAUCCAUUUGAUUUGAAGAUAAACAUAUUUGUGAUAAAUUUCAGUUAGAAUAGUUAUUGUUGCAAUAUUUUGUACAAUUUAACAUUGUAUAUAAAAUACUUUUUUUAAUUGAUAUAUUGUUAAGCCUAAAGAUAUUGGUACUACGAGUUGAUUGGUCAGGUGUAUAUAGGAGAUAAUUGGUACUAUGAGUUAAUUGGCUAGGUUUAUAUAGGAGAUAUUGGUUCUAGGAGUUGAUUGGUCAAGUGUGUAUAGCAGAUCUCUGUCCCAUCAGUUGAUUGGUCUGUAAAGAGGAGCAAAUGGUCCUAUCAGUUGAUUGGUCAGGUGUAUAAAGGAGCUAUUGGUCCUAUCAGGUGUUUGGUCAGGUGUAUACAGGAGCUAUUGGUCCUAUCAGUUUAUUGGUUCUAGGAGUUGAUUGGUCAGGUGUAUAGAGGAGCAACUGGUCUUAUCAGGUGUUUGGUCAGGUGUAUAGAGGAGCUAUUGGUCCUAUCAGUUGAUUGGUCAGGUGUAUGUAAGAUAUUGGUCCUAUCAGUUGAUUGGUCAGGUGUAUAUAGGAGAUAUUGGUCCUAUCAGUUGAUUGGUCAGGUGUAUAUAGGAGAUAUUGGCCCUAUCAGUUGAUUGGUCAGGUGUAUAUAGGAGAUAUUGGUCCUAUCAGUUGAUUGGUCAGGUGUAUAUAGGAGAUAUUGGUCCUAUCAGUUGAUUGGUUAGGUGUAUAUAGGAGAUAUUGGUCCUAUCAGUUGAUUGGUCAGGUGUAUAUAGGAGAUAUUGGUCCUAUCAGUUUAUUGAAUAUAAAGAAGCUUUAAUGUAUAUACAAAUGUUUAUGAAACUUCUGUCGAGUAAAAAGGCUAAUAUUGGUGUUAAAUGAAUUUGGUUGCAUUUUUUCCAUAUAUUCUGUAUUAUUUUCUUCAAAAAACAUAAUAGUGUAUGAAAAUAUUCUAAUUUAAAUAUAUGCUGUUUUUGAUGUGGCACAUGUUUUGUUUUUUAUCUAACUUAGGACAUGCUGUUUUAUUUUCAAGUUUAUUAUUAAACCUAGCUACCUGUUCAAAUAAACAAACAAGCCCUUUAAUAAAAUACAGAAAGAAACAUACAAAUGCUAAUUUAUUGGCGAUAUAAUUUAAGAAAUACAUCAAUGACAUCUUAAUCUGUCAAAACAAUUCCAUUCUUCCAUUACAAAUAUUAAUGCCCACAUUUGGGAAAUCAAAUAUCAAAAAUUGCAGGUUAAAUAUUGUAUUAGAAUUCUGUUGGCAUGGUCAAAUUGCACAUAGGACAUGAUUUUUUCAUACAAGUAUUUCAUUUUCUUUGUAAAACAUUGAAAUCAAGCCACACAUGACAAACACAUAAAUAAAACAGCAUGGCCAUAUGUGAAAGCAUUGACCCCUCCUUUUCUGUGCUAAAAUCUUCAUGUGCAAGGUUUUCUUUCUUCAUUAUAAACAUAUAUAAGGGAUGAAGCAUGAUUGUGCUCAACCUAAGUCAUAUAAUGUAAUGGUUGAAAUCUCAGAUUGAUUUCUUCACCCAACAAAAUUAAUUAAUGGUCACCUUAUCAUUUUUUUUAAAUAUUCCUGUAAAAUUAGUUCAAUAACUGACUAUUGGGAUGGUUGCUUACAGAAGUUUCUGGAAAAAAACAAUAAAUUUGUGUUAUGAGUUGUUGUUUUUUAAUGAAAUCUGAGAGUAAAGAAAAAACAUCUGCUGUUUUAAUAAGGGACCAUUAACUAAUUUUGAUGUGUAUAAUUAAGUAUUACCUGUUUAUCCUAAGUUUUAAGCUGCUACCUCAUACGAUGUAUUUAUUUGAAAUUAAACAUGUUAUUAAUAACUUGAAUGACUUUCAAAACAAUUAAGCAUGAGACUUAUUUAUUUUCUUAUAAAGUUAUAAGGCCGAAAAAUGUUUUGUGAAUUAAAUUAUCUAAUAUUUAGGCUUGGUUUACCGAAACUCUGCACAAUUGAGUUUUUGCUAGUAUCUGUGUAAAUGUAAGUCAACUAGUUAAAAUUGUCAACAAAGAAUCAUUAAAUGGAAUCCAUCAUUUUGUAAAUGUAAUUACUAACUGAAAUAUUUUUAUACUUCAGUUUUAUAUUGUAGAGUAUGUUAAAAUUUAUAUCUUUGCACAAAAUGAUGUUUUUGAUGUCAGAGGCAGAUCGAGGAUGCGAACUUACUGGCAGCACAUUGUACCCCUUACCUUGGCAUCCCCCAAAAAAGGCUCUAAAGAAGGCAAUCACAUGGGUGAUUUGAGUAUAAAAUCAUGCGUUUUGUGUAAUUCAAACAUUCUCUACCAUGCUGGGGUGGGGGGAUUGCUAGUUGAUGCUGAAUAUAUAUAGCUAUUAAAAUUGUUGUAAAGAACCCUGAUUCUGAUAGGUGUUUAUUGUUAAUUGUUUCUUCUUAACUGUGGAUUUUCUUUUUGUCUAAAUCAUAAUAUUUCUAAUUUCUAUCUUCUGAACUGUUUUGUUUUUCAUUCUAAUUUCUAAAAUCUAAUAUUUAUAUCUUUUAAAUUGUAGAUUCUAGAAGUUUUAUGUGACAAUUUGUUAAAUUCAUUACAGUUUCACAUUGGUAGACAUGUUGAUUUGAUAGUCAUGUUGAUUAAUUUCGAUUAAACAUUAUUAUCACGGUUUAUUUCUUACAAAAGAUAUACUUGUAUGUGUUUUGCAUAGAUGGUUUAUUUUUUGUAUUCCUCUUUUUCAGUUGUGUAUAUUGUUGAGCUAUGGUGUCAUGAUUGUUGAGCAUGUGAUAAAAUAAAGACAUAUAGAAAUGUGA